AUGGACUUGUGGAACUGGGAUGAAGCAUCACCACAGGAAGUGCCUCGGGGGGCCGAGCUGUCAGGGCCAGGAGGGAGCGAAUUCCGCCUCUAUUUUCCUGAACUGGCUCUGGAAGGGGACAUGCUGACAGAAGAGACCUGCUGGAAAGCAAUCGUGUCCCUUGCAGAGUAUUCGCAGCUGAACUGGAGGAGCCCCGCGUUGCCGCACCCAGAAGCUCUAUGGGGAGCUGAGCCCGCCCCUGGCCCUCAGGCUCUGCAGUGGUCGGGAGACUGGACAGAUCUGGCGUGCACAGCCUCGGACCCUUGGAGCCCCGCUUCCCAGACCCUGGGCCCCGCCCCUUUGGCCGGUUCUGAAGGGCCUGCAGGCCAGACUUGUGCCACCCCGGCAGGAGAGGCCACCCUGGCAGGAGAGGCCACCCUGUGGCCCUACACCCAGGCCGCCGGGACCACCGCCAGCUGGGACUCCCCCGACAGUGCCUACUGGGGCAAUGGCUUGGGCUGGGAACAGCGCGCGGACUGCACUAUUUCAAGGAGCGGGCCUGGGGGGUCGGACUCUACCACCCCCUGGAACACCGGGCAGCGGAGAGAUGGCACCACCUCCUCAAGAGGGUACCAGAAUCCAGCUCGCACCACUUCCUCGGAACUGAGGCAGCAGUCGGACCGUACCACUUUGGAUCGUUUCCCCAAAACGAAUAACCACAGAGGUCCCAUUCAGCUGUGGCAGUUCCUCCUGGAGUUGCUCCACGACGGGGCGCGUAGCAGCUGCAUCCGCUGGACGGGCAACAGCCGCGAGUUCCAGCUGUGCGACCCCAAGGAGGUGGCUCGGCUGUGGGGAGAACGCAAGAGGAAGCCGGGCAUGAAUUACGAGAAGCUGAGCCGAGGCCUGCGCUACUACUACCGUCGCGACAUCGUGCGCAAGAGCGGGGGGCGCAAGUACACGUACCGCUUCGGAGGCCACGUGCCCGGCCUAGGAGGCGGACAGGGAGCAGAGACCCAAUAAAAACAUCCUUGCA